CAUCAUACAGUUUGUUUACAUUUCUCACGUCAAUUUCUUGCAAUUUGAAAUGUCAAAAAUACCAGAAAAACAGUAGAACUAACAUAAAAACACAAAUAACUUACGAAAAAAAGAAAAUGUAAAUCGGAUGAAAUCACCAGAAUUAAAAAAAUAAAUGGCGGAGAAUCAAGAUUGAGAUCAGAGGGAAGGAGGAAGAGGAAGGACAUUAAAAGUAGCUGGUGAUUAUUAUAUGGAUGACAACCUGAGGAGUGUGCGGAGGCUGAGGAAGGCCCUGGAGUAGGAGGAGAGGAGAAAAGAAGGAGGUGGUCAGAAGAGGAGGAUGAGAGGAAAGUGUGAUCAAUGAAAUAACGUGUUUUCAUUUUAUUCAGUUGGCUCCCCGAUACUCUAGACUGUGAAUAAUAGUGGCGGCGGUGGUGGUGGAAGGUGCUGGCGGCAGGUACGUUAUCUGGUUAGAAUCUGUAACCAUGAAGAGGAAAAGCAAAGGGGUGCUUCCCCUUGCCAAGCAACACAAGGCUGAGGAUGAGACACAUGAGCCACCACCACAAUUCCUCUCUGGCCUGAAGUGUCACAUCCACCCGGCAAACUUUGGGCUGAUGCGCCACAAAGUAUUUGAGAGCCACAUCACACGGUAUGGCGGAGAGCUGGUGCCGUCCCUGCCUGAGUGCUCUGAGGGUGUAUUCCAUGUGGUGUUUGAGGAGACUGUGGAUGAGGAAAAGGUGAAGCGUUUGGUAGAUACAGCAAGGCUCCCUAACAGUGUGUUCCUGAGGUGCACCUGGCUAAUAGAGAGCAUCAAAACCAAGGCAAAGGCUGGGACUCAGAGCCAUUUGAUUCUGUCCAUGAACUCAGUGGAGGAACAAUGUAGAGGAACAGGUGAAUCAUGGGUACAAGAGAUCUCCUGGACACAGGUGGAAGAGACAGAAAAAUCACAUAUUAAAGAUACAGAUGUUGCAGUCACAAAGUCGGAGUCACAGAGAAAUGAAAACCCUGAUAUGAAAGAUGCUUCAGCCAGAACUACUGCUUGCUCAGCCUCACAUGAACAGAGGGAAGACAUGGGGAGUCUGAAAAGUGCUAAAGAAACCAAAGAAGAUAAAAUAGUGGAAGAUGAGAGGGAGCCAGAAGAGUGCAGUAGAGAUGAAGCGCUGGGGAACAAGUCUGCACUGCACAAGUGGGGAGCGGGAGCGGGUGAGGAGGACCACUUGGAGUCACUGAUAAGACCGUUUCCAAAGAAUUUACAAGACAAGUUUGCCUGUGCCCGUCCAUCAAGCAGCAAGCCAGUGGACCUCAACACUCACAUUACCUCAGAGUUAAGCAAGCUGGCUGCCACCUACAAAAGUAAGAAUGACACCUGGCGCUCCGUGGGGUACGAGCGUGCCAUCGCUGCCAUCAGGAACUACAGCAAAGAGAUCACAUCUAGAGAGGAAGCGCUGGCCAUCCCAGGCAUUGGGGGUCGCCUGGCAGACAAGAUUGCAGAGAUCCUGGAGAGUGGGCGGCUGCGGAAGGUGGCCGAGGUGUGCGAAGGGGAGGAGGCUGAGACGCUGCGGCUGUUCCUUGGGGUGUGGGGAGCUGGGCCAUCCACAGCACAGGCUUGGUACUUGCAGGACUUCCGAACCCUUGAUGACCUGAGGACCAAAGCAACACUGACCCGCCACCAACAGAUUGGCCUCAAGCACUAUGAUGACAUCAACUCCCGCAUCCCACGCUCAGAAGUGGCUGAGAUAGAAGAGCAUGUGCGAGAGGCGACACUGAGUCUGGUGAGGGGAGCUGAGGUGCUGGUGUGUGGCUCAUACCGGCGAGGGAAGCCAACUUGUGGUGAUGUGGACGUCCUCAUCACUCACCCUGAUGGCCAGUCACAUGAACUUAUCUUCCGGCCACUGCUGGUGCGCCUCAGAGAAUCAGGGUUCCUCACUGAUGAUCUUGUGACUCAGGAGGACAACGGGAACCAGAAGAAAUACCUCGGUGUGUGCAGACUGCCUGGGGAAGGGAGAAAGCACAGACGCCUGGAUGUGAUUGUUGUGCCGUACCAGGAGCGCGCCACGGCUCUCAUGUACUUCACAGGAUCUGCACACUUCAACAGAUCCAUGAGGCUGCUCGCCACCAAGAAGGGCAUGAGUCUGUCUGAACACAGCCUGCGGGCUGGCAUUGUGAGGCAGGGCGGAGAGAAGCUGAGUGAUGGCUACAUGCUGGACACGCCCACAGAGGAAUCCAUCUUUGCACACCUUGGCUUGGAGUAUCGGCCACCUGAGGAGAGGGACCACUAGCGCCAGCAGCAUCAAUAGUACAGUCCAGCACCAAACACACAGGCAGGGGAAAGAAAUCUAUGAGCCACAGCUGAGGCAAGCCUCCUUGUUCUCCAGGGAACACACCAUGUCAGCCAUGUUCUGCGCUUCAUUGGAAGUAACACCAUUGGUUCCAUUUUCGCUGGAAUCACCGACACCGUUGCUUCCAUUCUUGUGAACGUCACUACUAACUGUCUUGCUCAUUUUGGUCUUGUCAACAGUGAACUGGAUGGCGUUGGCUGCUGGCUUGGUACGCAGGUAAUACAUGCCAGUCUUAAGGCCCUGCAAGAGUAAUGUGUUGUUAAUAUGAUGAAAUUAAAAAUUACUUGUGUACAAAACAAUAUAGGAGGUAAGGGAAAUCAAGAAUUUAACUGCUUGGAUUUCUAGUUGAACCCAUUACAUUAAAAGUUGCAGAAGUUAGACAAGACUCUCAUAAGUAAAUACAAGCCAGUACUCUUCAUUUUUUUUUUAUAUAAAAUGGCUAGACUUGUACCAUGAUCUUAAGCCAAAUAUUUGUUGUUGAUUUUGGAGUUCUAAGCAGAUUAGGAAGAAUUAGAGUAUUCUUAGAUAGGAAGAUGGUGGAUAGCAGACCAUGUGAGUGAGUGAGACCUUUGUGAUAGUUGUGUGACUGGGAACCCUACUGAAGAUUAUAGAUUUUAUGUACUGAAAGCCAAAAUGGGAGUUUCUCAAUUAGAAUUAUAAUGAAAGCACCCAAGAGUAAAGCCAAAGCCCUUCCAGAUGAUACAUAUAUUUCAGCUACUGUGUGGAGAACUGUAGAUGCCUGUGAGUGCACAUGGUGCAAGUGAUGGAAAGAGAAAUUACUCUAAUAAUCUGGUCACUUACCUGGUGCUUUUACUCUAAUCCAGUUGUCACUAAGAAUCAGGAAAAGCUAGUGUACACUUUAGUGUACAACCCAUUCUCAGCCAGUUAAACAGUAUGAAUAUGAUUAGCUACAUAUGUAUGCUUCAUAAAUAUGGUGAUGAUAGACUAAGUGAAUGUGUGAUUCCUUUGUAGAAAGGACAAACAUUAUAAACACAAACAGCAAUAUCCUGUGCUGGACUCCCAAACUCUGGAGCACUGGUGCCAUCCAUGCAACACAAUAGUGAAGUCAUAACUGUCCAAUUAAUUAAGAUUGUUGUGAUGAGCUUGAUCCGACAUCUUCAUGUGAGGUACAAGUCUGGCACAGGUAUUGUUUUGGUUGAUAAGUAUCAAUGUGCAAAACAUGUGAAGAUGUACAGACCAAUGUGUUUCACAACUAUGCAGAUCAGUAAAAUGUUCUUGUAUGUUUGCA